GGAAAAAUUAAAACUACGGAGGCUGAGCAUGUAGCAAUAAAGCCAGAGAGAAAACAAGAAAAUAAAAGUGAUUCGGACCCCGAAAAAAAUCUUCCCUACACUUUAGAAAUGUGGAUCAAUUUUGCAAAUGCCACUUCUUUACAUGGUAUUCGCUACGUGUUCUGGAAGCGACCACUCUGGGCCAGGAUUGGCUGGCUUCUUAUUCUGCUGGCAUUCACGGCCUACUUUCUGUACACAGCACACAGUUCUCUGGUUAAGUACUACAGCUGGCCCAUAAAUACCGUCAUAACACAGAAAUAUACAGAUAAGCUUGACUUUCCGGCUGUAACAAUUUGUCCACUUAAUCUUGUAAGUAAGAGAAAGAUGUUUGCCCUGGAAGGGGACCCCAAUUUCGUCAAAUAUGGCCUCAAUGACAGUGUGUGUUCUGCCACGGCCGCAGUACGUGAAGGGAAACCUUGUGGAGCUGCUAUGAUGUGCUGUUGCUUGAGUUUUAUUUUCCUCGAUGGUGCAAAAAUUGUUCCAAACUGCACUCAGGGGUACGCUGAAAGACUGAUAGCUGCUCAGCAAAGAUCUGGGAUUUUUUUCGACACAGGCCGCUAUUAUGAAAGGUACGGACACGGAAUAGAUGAGAUGCUGGUCCCUGGCUUGUGUAUAUUCGACGGUAACUUACAGCCGUGUGAUGCUUCGGAUUUCAGAACAACUGUCACAGAUUGGGGUAUAUGCCACACCUUUAACGCUGACCCUGACCAGGUCAGAAAAAGCCAACUGCAUGGAGUUGGGGGAGGUUUGAAUAUAUUACUAGACGCUCAAGUUGAGGAUCACACGAUUGGAAGGCUGUCUGAGGGUUUCAGUGUAAUAAUUCAUCGACAGGGAGAGUAUGUGACAGCUUGGGAUGGAAUUAACGUCCAACCAGGCAUGCAAGCAUCAAUCGCACUACACCAAAAAAGGGUGAGUCUCCGCGUAAAAAUAAAGGCGAGCUAGGAUUAAUUCUUACUUGCGUGUCCACGCAUGUAAAUUUUACUCGUGUAAAUAAAAAAGAGGCAAGGCAUGAAGUUGAGCGAGGUUCGACUUUUUCGAUUUCGUACUUAACCCCUAUUUUAUUUGUGAACGUAAAUUUUUAUGCACGUAAGGAAGGACAAAAAUUACGUGACAGUACGUGAGAGUGACAAAGACAAAACCUUCAUUUGAUUAGUCAUUUCCAAACUGAAUUCUGACACUAUUUGGCUGAAAUGCCUUCCACCCCUCACCGAGAAUGUGAAAGCCUCGCGGGUCUUCAUUAAUGUUCCAAUUGUUUGGCAGAUAACAAAUCUCGAGACCCCUUACGAAACAAAAUGUGAAAACAGAAAAUUAAAGACAAGAAGAUCCUAUACAACGAAAGGCUGUUUGUUCGAGUGUGUUGCGGAAGCCAUCAUCGAGAAGUGUAAAUGUCGUUCUGCUGAGUAUCCAGGUAAAAGUUAUAGACAUUUUUGGCUAGGUUUUACACUAGACGAGACAUUUCCGGACUAAUGAAGACUCCAGUACGUUUUGCAUUUAACCGAAAUAAAAAUGUUCUUGUUUGUUCGCGUGCCCUGAGCUUUUGAAUCGGGAAUCUAAGAUGAUUAUUUUUUAGAUCCGAAUAAAUGUUAUGGGAUUAACUGAUCUAAUACGUAAACGCCUGCGAAUCCGAAUAUCCCAAUAGGAUAUCCGGAAACAGAUUUGAAUCCGGAAAAAUCUCGCCUAGGGUAAACCUAUCCCUUACUUUUUCUAGUUUCUGCUUAUCUUAGUGUUAGCUAUAUGUUAUUCAUUAAUUUUAACAAAACAUGUCAUAAAUUUAUGAAAACAGAACAAAAACAAAAAACAAGAGAGAAAGAAUAGACAUGGUAAUCAAAAUGAAAAAAGAGGAAUGCGAAAUGGUAUCAAGUUUAUUAUUCAUAAGUAGGCUGAGUAUGAUCGUCCGGGUGAACGUAGUCCCGAAUAGGACUGUUGUUUUUCACAGUGACUGACGUUUCGACAACCUGUGCUGUAGUAAUCUUCAGAGUCAAAGUGAGUAGCAUCACGUCAGUUGAUGGUUUUUAGUCACAUUGUCAGUUGUCCAACUGGGCAACUGACAGUUUGACUAACAAUAAACGACAGUUUAACUUUGACAAUAGCCGGAUCGAAACGCACCAAUGACAUAACGAGUCUUCAUACCAAUAACGUCACGGCCUAACUGGCAGACGACUAAUAACAUCGCGACUUAAUUGACCAAUCAGAUCAAUAACCAGGGUUAAAUAUCAUCAACUGACGUAAUACAACUCGCUUUGACCCGCCCUAGGGUGGUUUCGCGUCUUUGGCAGAUCUCACUCUCUGUUUGUUUUAUUCUUUGCGAAAUACUCUAGCCAUACCCCAGAAAGCAAUUACAGUGGAUUUUAGUUACUUAGCCUGACGUUAAAUAAACAAAAUGGCCAUGUCGGUUGUUUUCACUUUCAGUAGUAUAAGGCGCACCGAAUUAGUCCUCGUUAGGGAGAAAAUAUGAUUAAAGAGAGAAGGAAUACAAUCAAGUCGAAGACGUAAUAGGGUGAUUUAAUUGAGAUGUUGAGGAAAUUAAACAAAAAAACAAGGAUCGAGGAGGAAAAAGAAAGAUUAUAGAAAUGAGGUGGCAGUUGUUGGUAAAAAGCAAGAGUCCCGGCAAGAGUAGUGGUGGUGGAGAAAAGACAGUACAGUUGUGGUCAAGUUGGAGGGGAGGCAAUGCAAAUGCAAUGGUGGAAAGGCAAUACAGCUGUGGUGGUGUUGGAGAGGAAGCAAUACAGUUGUGAUGGUGGUGAAGGGAAGGCAAUACAGCUGUGGUGGGGUUGGAGGAGAAUUAAUACAGUUGUGAUGGUGGUGCAGGGAAAGCAAUACAUCUGUGGUGGGGUUGGAGGAGAAUUAAUACAUUUGUGAUGGUGGUGCAGGGAAGGCAAUACAGCUGGGUGGUGUUGGAGGAGAAGUAAUACAAGAGUGAUGGUGGUGAAGGGAAGGCAAAAAAACUGUGUUGGUGUUAGAGGAGAAGUAAUACAAGUGUGAUAGUGGUGCAGGGAACGCAAUACAGCUGUGGUGGUGUUGGAGGGGAAGCAAUACAGUUGUGGUGGUGGUGAAGGGAAGGCAAUAAAGCUGUGGUGGUGUUGGAGGGGAAGUAAUACAGCCGUGGUGGUGUUGGAGGGGAAGCAAUACAGUUGUGGUGGUGGUGAAGGGAAGGCAAUACAGCUGUGGUGGUGUUGGAGGGGAAGCAAUACAGUUGUGAUGGUGGUGAAGGGAAGGCAAUACAGCCGUGGUGGUGUUGGAGGGGAAGCAAUACAGCUGUGGUGGUGUUGCAGGGAAGGCAAUACAGCUGUGGUGGUGUUGGAGGAGAAGCAAUACAGUUGUGAUGGUGGUGAAGGGAAGGCAAUACAGCCGUGCUGGUGUUGGAGGAGAAGCAAUACAGCCGUGGUGGUGUUGGAGGAGAAGCAAUACAGUUGUCAUGGUGGUGAAAGGAAAGGCAAUACAGCCGUGGUGGUGUUGGAGGGGUAGCAAUACAGUUGUGAUGGUGGUGAAGGGAAGGCAAUACAGCCAUGUUGGUGUUGGAGGGAAAAUAAUACAGUUGUGAUGGUCAGGCAGGGAAGGCAUUACAGCCGUGGUGGUAUUGCAUGGAGGGGAAGCAAUACAGCUGUGGUGGUGUUGGAGGGGAAGCAAUACAGCUGUGGUGGUGUUGGAGGGGAAGCAAUACAGCCGUGGUGGUGGGGCAGGGAAGGUAAUACAGCCGUGGUGGUGUUGGAGGGGAAGCAAUACAGUUGUGAUGGUGGUGAAGGGAAGGCAAUACAGCCGUGGUGAUGUUGGAGGGGAAGUAAUACAGGUGUAAUGGUUUUGGAGGGGAAGCAAUACAGCCGUGGUGGUGUUGGAGGGGAAGCAAUGCAGUUGUGAUGGUGGUGAAGGGAAGGCAAUACAGCCGUGGUGGUGUUGGAAGGGAACCAAUACAGUUAUGAUGGUGGUGCAGGGAAGGUAAUAUAGCUGCCUUAGUGAGAUUCAACAGCAUUUUAAUUAUGAGAUGAAGGCAAAACUAGGAGGCUGAGACUAUUUAGUAUCUCUUUUAAACAUUGUUUUGAGAUGAUGUGCAUGCUGAUAAAAGGUUAAAUUCGUUAUUAACUGUGAUACAGCAUUUUUUUUUUCGUUCUAAAUUACUCAAAGGUGUUUAUCUGCUCUCUAAAGUUUACUAUGUUGUGGCGCUCAACAGCAGUUUAAUUCUGUUAUGAUAAACAUGAUUUACUAUUUCUACUAUAAUUGUUAUUUGUUUAACAGCGGAGAAGACGAUGCGAACUUGUGGGAAAGUGGAUCAGCUGUGCGCUCUAAAUGCUACACGUAAGAAGCAUUAACCUAAGGACUUUUCUGUUUUUUGAGUGAUCGUGUUUGAAAUAAAAUCGCCUUCUCUGAAACUGGGAAGAUAAUAAUAAUUAAUUAUAUCUUGUAUCACAGUACUGUUUGUCGUAACAUCAUAUAAUGACCGCAUCUUUAUGUCUUAUACUUAAUUUCAAACCAAAUUAUAAAGCUAAUUUGAGCAUUUAGUAAGUGCUCCAUGCUUUCCUGGUUUCAUCCCAAAGAGGAUUGACCAACGUUUAGUGUCGAUCUUCUGUUACCUUUGAGAAAGUUGGAAACUACAUACGUCACAGUUUAAGACGUAAGUGGGUUUAAAUAUUGUCUUUUUCCGUCUUUUGCUUCUUAUCUCAAGAGGGGGUUUGUUACCCUUAGGGUGGGGCCAGUUUCUACAACAAAGAUUCAUUUUAAUUACAUGUUUCACUUGUAACGUUUAUUUAUGCAAACAUACUUGCAAAAGACCUCGUUAAAUGUACUAUAGAAUUAAGACAUUAAUAAAAAGCAAGUUAGCAGGAUUCAAUGCUGCGUGGGUAGAACAGCAGUAACUUUUCAAACUUUCCACAUUAAUUACUUGGGAGUUUAAACUAUCGCUUACUUCAGGCAAAGCGAAUAUAUGGUUAAUAGAUCGUUUUUGUUCUGCUCAAGAAGGCGCUCGUUCGAUGAAUGGCGUGGGUUGACCUUGCGACUUAUAUACGUGCAAAGUAGAAACUCGCAAAUUACUAGAGCGAACGUCGCUAAGUCGACGACGUGGAAAAUUUCGUAUUAUUUUGAAGGUCUCACUUAAGAAUAAUACCAUCCAACAUUCUAGUCGAUAAACGUCCUACAAGCUGCAAUUGCCCAGUCCCCUGUGAUGAAACAAGAUACACCACGGAGGUUUAUUAUUCUAGUUUCCCUGAUGCCGGUUCUGCGAAAGUGAUACAAGCCACCGGAGCGAUCCGCUCUUUUGACUAUAUGCGGUAAGUACCAGAAACUGUGCCCCUGGAUAAUAAAGAUGCGUUAUUGACCAAGUGUGGCGCCAAUUAAGACAGGAUAUCGGCCAAGUUUAUUAUAUAGCAAGAAAGAAAAGUUACACUCGUGAGGGACUAACGCGCGCGCGCAUGAGAAGUCCAUCAUGCGCACCUGGGUAGCCAAUCAGAACAAAAGUACAGUAGCCCACUCCCGGAUUCGUCCAUGUAAUAUUUACUACUGGGUUUUUAGUAGGGCCAUUAAACAAUGACAAUUUUGUAUGUAAAUUGAUGAGUGUAAAAGGCAUACUUUGUCCGUCAGGAAAUUGACGCUUUGUUUUGUUGUUGUUGUUGUUUUGUUUUAGAUAAAACACUUAAACUGGGCUAUAUUUACUAAUUAAUUAAUUGCUAAGGUUUCUUUUGGCCACUCCAGAGUAAAAAAGAAAGAGAGCUAGUUGAGAUUAGACGUUAUUUCUGAUCUUAUAUUCAUAAAAUUGGGUAGCAAUAAGAUCAAGAAUGUUGCUCAUUUAAUUUUAAACAGUUUUUCAUAUACUUUUCACGGAAAAAAUCAAACUUUGAGUUGAACUUCAAGAAUUUUUGCGAUGAUCGUAGGCUUCAAGAAUAUUUGGUAACUUUUAAAGUCAGGGCCGGCGAACAUAAUCCAUCAUGACCCAUUUCUUUAUAUUUUAUCCCAGUAACUGUCAGGAAUCCGAAUGUAUCAUAAACAUAAAAUGGGUGAGCCUAUACUCUCUAUCCUCACUUUAACUAAUAUGUGGUUUUCUAUGGGAACGUUGAUUAUCUGUAAUUUACAUUUCCAGUAUUUGCAAUAGCAGCAAAUUGUACAGGCAAUGUUGACUAUGUGUGUCAUUGUAUUUUCUAGGAAGAACUUUGUCUUUCUUCAAAUUGGUUACAAGACACUCAGCUACGAGCUACAAGAACAGACGGUGGAAUUUGGGAUUGAAGCCCUAUUUGGUAUCAUUGUGUUUACUUAAUGCUUACUCCUAAUCAAUAUUCAGCUAGAUUUAAGGUUGUAAUAAAGCAAAUGGUCAUUUCAUUUUGGGGAACUCCAAAAAUGACAUGAAACGACCGCUGCUCAGUUUUUUCAUUUUUUUUUUUUUAAUCGUGGCUCAUUCAUCUAUUUUUAUGCCUUGCUAACAAGGAAAACCGAAGUUAACAUUUACUUACCGGCGAAAGAUUCUUGCAUUUCUCUCCCGUCCUCCCACCCCUUUGGGUUUUCCCCCCCUAGAGCUUCGCGAGGUUCUGCAAUACACGUAUUUCUAGUCUAUUUUUAUGCCUUACUAACAAGGAAAACCGAAGCUGACAUUUGCUUACCGGCGAAAGAUUCUUGCGGCCUGUAAUGAACUGGCGCGCUGUUAAAUCGUAGAGAAGUUGUAACUACAGUAAUAAAUCACUUGUGCAUGUGAAAGCCCGUAUUAAACGAUUUUCGCAAACGGUUUGAGCACACAUCCUAUUGAAAAUAAUUCAUUCUUCAUUUGUGACAGGCAUAUAUCUUGUUUUCUUUCUUUCUUUUUUUAAAGGUGAAAUUGGAGGAAAUAUGGGUCUUUUUCUGGGCUGCAGCCUGAUGACAGUAUUCGAGUUUGCUGAUUUACUUGUGGCUUUGAUUUAUGUUCGUAAACUGGGCAAAGAAUAUCAGACAUGA